AGCCUAGCACUAACAGGUUGUUGCUAGCAGACACAGCGAGAGCACACGCACCUCCUCUCUCCUGCGGCGGCUGAUACGCUGUUCCACCACCUUCUGCCGCCGCUGCUUCCCUCACCGCCCACAGCUGUUGUUUUGCUGCUCAUACACAAACAACACCCCAUCAUGGAAGCCUGAGAUGUUAUAAUACGAGCAGAAAUAAACCAGGAGAGAAGAGGAGUGGAUUAAUUUAUACAUUUUUCAUGGAAAUAGAAUGCCAGUGGGUGCACCGGGAGUGACAGUGAUUGUGGCAAUAAUAAAUACGAUCCUUAUACCCUUGACCUGAGGACCUGGAUCACCCUGAAGUGGUUUACAGGUAGGAGAUACAAGCCUAAACAUAUAAUGAUUCUUUAAGAUAUAUCUCCAGUGGACAUAUGAACGAUAUACAGUAUGUCAUUGUUCCUCUGUUUAAUACGCAGUUAAAUGUCAGAUGAAUACUGUUAUCCCAACCCAGAGUUAAAGACGACGUAUCACAGGAAGUAAAAAAAAAAAUAUAACAACAAAAAAGAAAUAGGCUCGUAUAGUGAUUUAUUUACAGUUCUCAGCCAUGUUCCAAUAUUUUUAUUUUCAAAACAAACAACCAACCGAUCGGAAAAUAAACUUAAACUUCUCUCUGUUGGUCAUGUAAAAUAUAAACUGUUGAAUGAGAGAGAGAGAGAGACAGAGAGGGAGAAAGAGAGAGAUAUAUCGAGAAGACAUAUUGUGAGAAAAAUGACCUGAGAUAAUCGAUUAAGCGGACUGAAUAUAUUAACCAAGGUAGUUUAUCCGGACCUUCGUUUAACCGGACCUUCGUUUAACCGGACCUUCGUUUAACCGGACCUUUGAGGGUAACUGGAUAAUCUUAAAAAAGGCCACAUCAUGUCUACGGUCGUCAACGGGCAUCGGGACGAGGAUUCCACCCACACCCAUGGCCACACCCACCAGGGCCACACCCACCAGGGCCACAUUCACCAGGGCCGCACUCAUCAUGGCCACAUCCUGCCUAUGCUCAGCUUCAGUGCUUCAACACCCACGGAUGAGGAGAAUCCCUUGGAUACGAAUCCCGCGAUAGCCAUUGACACACCUCUAUGGGAACAACCAGAGGAUGUCAUUGGCUCCUCGAUGGUGACGGAACCUCCCCUCCAAGGCUCCCAGACGACCCAGUAUGACUUCCACCACCAACACCACCACGACACCCAGACGACGGCGGCGACAACGGUGACGACGACGCCCUACAUCGACGUAAAUCGGGCGGUGGUGCUUGUGGAUGGUGUGAAGGAGGACGAGGAAGACGAUGAACCUGAUGAACGUGCCCCUCUGUUGGGUACUGGUGGUGGGAGUGGUGGUGGUACUGGUAGUGGUGGUAUUGGUGGUGGUAAUCGUGGGUUAGGAUUGACUUUACCCCUAAAUAUGCCUAGAAGGUCAUCAUCGUACACGGGGUUGGUGAUGGAGAACGGGGAGGCUGACCCAAACAUGGCGUCCUCCAUCGCUUCCUUCCUGCGUUCUAAGUCAGAGUCUGAGAACCUUUUCUCCUGUGACGCCUCCUGCAGCAGCCCCCAGGACUCUGAGAAACUUUUGGACGGUGAAGUUAAGUCCCCAGCAGACCCUGUACUCCUGAACGUGGCUAACCAGUUCGUCAAAGACAUACUAACUAAGGCACAAGAGGAAGCAACCAAGAAAGACCUCGCGACUGACAAGGUUGUGAUAGAUGCGGACAAGAUCAGGUCAGACGAGCGAUUAAUGGAGGUCGUUCGUCGUUUCGUAUCCGACAUAAUGAUCAAAGCAAAGGCUGAAGCUUGGGACAGUAUGCGGCAGAUUCAGAAUAAUAACAAUAAUAUAGUUAAUGUGAAGGACGAGGCGGCAGCAGCUACUGGGGGAGGAGGAGGAGGAGGAGCAGGUACAGUAGGAGGCGCUGCAGGUCUUGCCUCACCUGGGAGUAUCCAGGGAGAGAGGGUUUACCGACGGAGAGGUCCUUGGUACGUCCAAAUGGGUCGAGUCUUCGCUACCUUCCUCUCCCGUAUCUGCCCUUGCCGAUGUCCGACCAAACCCUGAGGACUCGCAGCUCCCUCCACCUCCCUUCACGCCCCGGGGGACUGGGUGUAGGGGGGAGGGGCGCUGACGGUGAAGAAGAAGAAAAAGAACAAAAAAAAGAACGAUUGGUUUAGCCACGAUCUCUGGUGAACACGUGAGAGGGAGAGAAUUUAUCACUAGUCGACCCAUCACCCUGUCGAGAUAACUGUCCUGUCCAUUGGGGUGAAAAUACUCAGUUAAGAUCUAUGAUGGAUUUUUCCCCUUUAGGAUGACAGAUGCUAAAAGUUUUCUUGAAUAGAUGGCUUAAUGAAGUUACCGCUCUCUUGUGAUGUCUUUAAUUGAUGGCUCAGUGAAGUCAUUGAUGUCCUCGGCUUACAGAAGGCCCAGGGAGGUUGUGUGAAGAUAGGAACGUGUUGUCUUCGAUGUCUGUCUGUAUCUCAGUAUGGAGGAUGUCACUCAUGAUGAUAAUAUACCAUAACGUCUCAUUAAUGCUCGGUACAAGUCAUUAAUGUCACUCAAACUAUGAUGACCUUCGCUAACGACCUUAAAUUUUGGGUGUUUUCUCUCUCCUCCUGUCGCUCUGUAUCUCUCUAGUGAAUACAUCUAUCUAUUCAUUUAUUAAUUUCUAGUUUAACAAGAUCCAGGUGUUGUUGAAACCGUAAACAAAAAUACUUAAUAAAUCUUUACAUAAUACUUCAUCAUCUUGUCCUCUAACACGCAGUAAAGUGGCGACAGUCUGACCAAUCAUAAACCUCCGACAGGGCAGAUAAAAGAUCAGCCAAUCACAAUGCAUCUCCAAACGUCUUUCGUCUAGAUAAACCAAUCACAGUAAAUUUUACGACGCCCGUUUAGUAUCAAAAGAGAAAACCCGACCAACCAGGUUCAAUUAUCCUACUUGAUGAUAUCAGAGUGGCUUAAAUUGGACCAAUAAGUAAAGUACAUCUCUAAGUAUAUUCCCAGUGCCCAUAAUUUGACCAAUCAACAGUGUGUAUCUUACAGAAUGAAAGAGGAUUGGCAGAAAUUCGACGAAUUAGAACGCACCCUAACACAAUAUUUCUGGCGAAGGUUUUAAGGGAUCAUACCUGUGUGUGUGUGUGUGUGUGUGUGUGUGUGUGUGUGUGUGUGUGUGUGUGUGUGUGUGUGUGUGUGUGUGUGUGUGUGUGUGAGUGUGUGCCUUCAUAGGCUAGCUACCAGUAUUACUCCAGUUUUAAGCCCCGAACUUAACAUAAAUUUCCCCAACACUCGAAUUUAUUUCUUUUCUGUAAAAGUCUCGCCAUGAUAUAUUUAAACAGCUAGAUACACUAUAGACACACACACACACACACACACACGGCCACACUAGUUGGCUUCUUAAUAACUGUUCCGGCGCCUGACAGCCACAACAAAAGAUCCAAAAAUGAAAAUAAAUCAAUUAUCCAUUAUGUAUCGUGUUGUUAAGUAGUAAAUACAAAAUGCACUUUAGAAUACAGCUGUAGUGAAGGCAUAGCUUAUUAACUUAUCACAUGAGCGGGGUCUUAUAGAAGUUAAAGGAACGAGGAUUACAGAUAUCAUAUAAUAAUACAGUAUUGAUCUGUGUGUCUGUAAGAAGAUGUUUAAUGGAGGAAUGAAUUGCUACAGAUCAGUUGUAUUUUGAAGUGAAUGUCACCAUUUAACACAAUUAAAAAAAAUGUACACUGAACUAAAUACUAACUCACUGUAGUCUUAUCAUUUUGUACUAGCUUUCAAAUGAUACAUCUGUAAAGAAAUCAAAUAGCCCAGUUUACGGAGGCCAGAAUGGUGUUACACUGAGGAGAGGAGACCUAGUACAUAUCCCAUCUACUAGGAGACGUGCUAUUGAAACUAGGUCACAUGAAGACUUGACCCUUAUCUUAAUGGUUAGUUUAGGUUGACCAUUAACACUAGUAGCCACAAGCACUUGUAUAUACUGCAGUGUGUAGCUCCACUAUACUCCUCUGCCUUCCGAAAGCACUUGAGUAGGAGUUUAGGGACGCCAGCUUACCGGGGUCACCAGUACACCUAACCUAACCUAACCUAACCUAACCUAACCUAACCUAACCUAACCUAACCUAACCUAACCUAACC